UGACUUUUAAGGUGAUGAUGGAGGAAUGGUAUAUACUCUUUGAUGCCGGAACCCCGUCCUGGGGGACUUGAAGAGAUGGGAUGCACUUAAAUACCUUGACUGUUGAUCGGUCUUUACAAACUCAGCCCUCUUUUUCAUUUUGCCUGAGCCAAGGAGCAGCUGUUUGUCUCCGGAAGGUCAGGCAGUUCUGAAUCUCUAAGCAAGUAGAAUCGACAUUUUGAGGGAGACGAGUCACUAAUCAAGAUCUAGCUAGGCAUGGCUGGAAACCAACUUGGAGUUCUUAAUGCUCUGGAUGUAGCAAAGACGCAAUGGUACCAUUUCACUGCAAUUAUAAUUGCAGGAAUGGGUUUCUUUACUGAUGCUUAUGACCUUUUUAGCAUCUCUCUCAUCACAAAAUUGCUUGGCCGUAUAUACUACCACGUUGAAGGAGCUGACAAGCCUGGAACAUUGCCUCCUAAUGUAGCAGCUGCUGUUAAUGGUGUGGCCUUUUGCGGCACUUUAGCUGGUCAGCUUUUCUUUGGCUGGCUUGGUGAUAAAUUAGGGCGGAAACGAGUUUAUGGACUUACCCUGAUGCUUAUGGUGAUCUGCUCCAUUGCCUCCGGGCUUUCAUUUGGAGACUCUCCGAAGGGUGUCAUCGCAACACUCUGUUUCUUCAGGUUUUGGCUUGGUUUUGGAAUUGGAGGUGACUAUCCCCUCUCAGCCACAAUUAUGUCUGAAUAUGCCAACAAGAAGACUCGUGGAGCAUUUAUCUCCGCAGUUUUUGCAAUGCAAGGGUUUGGAAUUUUGGCAGGUGGGAUUGUUGCUCUUAUCGUGUCAGCUGCAUUUGAUCAUGCGUACAAGGCCCGUCCAUAUUCUGUUAACGAAGACCGGUCAACUGUCCCUGAAGCUGACUAUAUUUGGCGCAUCAUUCUGAUGUUUGGAGCAGUUCCUGCUCUCCUCACUUACUACUGGCGAAUGAAGAUGCCAGAAACAGCCCGUUAUACUGCUCUCAUUGCCAGAAACGCAAAACAGGCUGCUGCAGACAUGUCCAAGGUCUUGCAAGUGGAGCUGGAAGCUGAAGAGGAGAAGGUGGAGAAGAUAGGAGUAGCGGAAUCCAAGUCUUUUGGUCUUUUCAGUAGGGAAUUUGCACGGCGCCACGGACUACACUUGCUUGGAACAACUACUACUUGGUUCUUAUUGGACAUUGCCUAUUACAGUUCCAACCUGUUUCAAAAGGACAUCUUUAGUGCGAUUGGCUGGCUUCCAAAACCUGAAACUAUGAGUGCAACUCAUGAGGUUUAUCGGGUUGCAAAGGCGCAAACACUCAUUGCACUUUGUGGCACUGUUCCUGGAUACUGGUUUACAGUGGCUUUCAUCGAUUAUUUAGGCAGGUUCACAAUUCAAUUGAUGGGUUUCUUCUUCAUGACUGUGUUCAUGUUUGCUCUUGCCAUCCCUUAUCAUCAUUGGAAAUCUCACAACGCUGGAUUCCUUAUUAUGUACUCAUUGACCUUUUUCUUUGCAAACUUUGGACCCAAUGCCACCACAUUUGUUGUGCCCGCUGAGAUUUUUCCAGCAAGGCUGAGGUCAACAUGCCAUGGGAUAUCUGCAGCAGCUGGAAAAGCUGGGGCCAUUGUUGGUGCAUUUGGCUUCUUGUAUGCUUCACAAAGUACGAACCCAUCAGACACUGAUGCAGGUUACCCACCUGGUAUUGGAAUGAAAAAUUCACUGAUUGUGCUUGGUGCCAUCAACUGCCUUGGGAUGGUGUUUACUCUUCUGGUGCCCGAGUCGAAGGGAAAAUCAUUGGAAGAGCUAACAGGUGAAAAUGAAGAGGACGGUGAUGAGAUCCAGCAGACAUCUUCUGUUCAGACCGUUCCGGUCUGAACUAGCAAAGUUUAACUAGGAUGUUCCGACCAAUUUAUAAAUUAGAUAUUCAGAAAUGGAAUGCCAAAAAUAGGACAAUGAAAGG